GGAUGCUGCCCGCAGGGGAUGGAGACUGCACCGCCUGGCUGGGCAGAGGAGGAGGAGGGCAUGGGAAGGAAGGAAAUGGUCUCUUAACCAAGCGGCGCGAGGCUAAGUCAGCGGCUCUUUGUCUGAGCUGUGCCUUGUCCAGUUUCCUCCUGUGCGGCCGUCAUCCUAGCGUGCCUGCCUGGCUUGUGGGGGAAGCGGCACGCGAGCCCUUCCAUCUGGGCACGGCCGACGCGUGACAGUGGGAGUCCAGUCAGUAUUCACCUGGCUCAUUCAAGCUAGCUUUGUUUUAACUAUUGGAUAGAAGAAAAAUAUGAUGCCAAACCGAGGUAACUUUUCCUCUUUCCAGAGUAUUCAAACAGAUUCCAAUAAGAUCAUGGCAGAAUAUAGCCACAUACAAAACCAGAUGGAAUUACAAAAUGCUAGUUUAGGGAAAGGUUCUGUGGCAAAUUCCCUUGAAAACGAUCUCCAAGAUAUUAUGGAUAACCUCAGCCCAAAGAAAUAUUCAUCAAGUCUUAAAUUUAAAACAAAUGGGGAUUAUGUUGGUUCCUAUUUAACCCUGUCACAACCUGUGUCAACUAAAUCCAGUCCUUCAUCCAGUGUAAAAAAUAUGCAUUCUGCUACCAGAAUUCCAGGAGGUAAGCUGUUCUCUUGUGACAGCCCUUACUUUUCAGAAAAAAGUGUCUCUGUAAAGCCCAUGAGUUCCAUUUCAAGUACUUCUCCAUCCCUCAGUGGGUACAAUCUAGGAAGGAGCGACUUUGACAUUCAUGUCAACAGAGAAAAUGAGAAAUCCUUUGGACAUGUGGACAAAUUUCAGUAUUCCAAGUAUAGUCAAAAAAAUAAAUCGUAUGACAACGUCUACUUCCCAGGAACACUGGAAGGGAAGAAAAUCUCAGGCUCUCUUCUUACAAUGUGGAAUGGAAGCUCAGGGAGUGAAAUGAUGUUUUCACCUGUUAGCACUUCAGGAGCAGCAAGUGUGCCCUCGAGCCCAAAGCAGGGCAGGAGGAUGAAUAUUCAAGACAGCCUAAAUCUUCAUCCAAGACCAGUGAAACACAAGGAGGUGAUGACUGAAGCUUUGGGUUCAAGAGCUAGGAAAUAUUCUGGUGGGUCUCUUAGUCAUAUGGGAGUUUAUAGUCGUUCUCUGCCCAGACUGUACAAAUCGACAGAAAGCCAGCUGAUGCCAUUAAGUUUGCCACUGAGAAACUCUCUUGGUAACUCCAAGAGGAAAAAGCAUGGAGAAAAAGAUCUACCUCAAAGUGCACUAGAUGCUGAUAAUUACCUUAAUUUUUCUUCUUGCAGCUCAGGGGUUUCACCAUUUAUAAAUUCAGCGUCUGAUAAUAAUUCCUAUGUUAGCUCAGCUCUUUGUGUUCCUUCAAGCCCUAGGCUAGCUAAGAAAAUGCUUUUAGCAUCUUCUUCUUCAUAUGUUUCUGAUGAUUUUGAUAGACUUGGACUCUCAGGGACAAGCCCCAGUAACUCAUUCUCCCCUGUGGAUAUUGACAGAUCAUUCUCUGUCAGAAGAAACCUUUCCACUAGUUCCAUGGAGUUUGAUGAAACGGAUUUGGAAAGCUUCCGACAAACACCAACUUCUUUGCCCCCUUGCAUACGAGAGAGAAAGAACAGUAUUAGUUCAGUGACUGGAAGAGAAGACCUAAUGGACUAUCACAGGAGACAGAGGGAAGAGAGGCUUAGAGAACAGGAGAUGGAACGACUGGAGCGACAACGACUGGAGACUAUCCUCAGUUUGUGUGCAGAAUACUCCAAACCUGAUAGUGACCCUGCUGCUGCUGCCACUGUUGCUGAUGUUCAGAAAAUUAACAAAGAACUUGAAAAACUUCAGCUGUCAGAUGAAGAUUCUGUAUUUGAAGAUUCUCAAAUUAAUCCAGAAAUGAGAUUUAGAAACCACUUGAAAUUGUCAACAAGCGAUUCUGAUUUCUCAGAGUUGAGUAAUGUCAGUCGAAGUGCUGGCUCCCUCCUCUCCUCUAGAGGUAUGAGAGGUGAUGAACAUACUGGUGAAAAUAUGAAAACUCCACCUUUAGUUUCUUCUGCUUUUUUGAAGGAUUCCAGUGAGUCUUCUUACCUAAGCAUCACACCAAAGACAUCAGAAUGCCCAAGCAGUGAACAAAGAGGGCACGAGCUUGGUCAGCUGGAGGAGGAGCGCAUAGCAGUAUUAAAUAAUUUGGAGGAACUUGAACAGAAGAUCAAAGAUUUAAAUGACCAGAUGGAUGAAUCUUCAAGAGAGCUGGAUAUGGAAUGUGCCCUUUUGGAUGGGGAACAGAAAUCUGAAACAACAGAACUUCUGAAAGAGAAGGAAAUAUUGGAUCAUCUAAACAGGAAGAUAGCUGAGCUGGAAAGAAAUGUUAUUGGCGAAAAGACAAAGGAAAAAAUAAAGCUUGAGGCUGAGAGGGAAAAACUAGAGAGGCUUCAGGAGCUUUACUCCGAGCAGAAGACCCAACUUGAUAAUUGCCCUGAGUCCAUGAGGGAGCAAUUACAGCAACAGCUCAAGAGGGAUGCUGAUCUACUGGACAUAGAAAGCAAACACUUUGAAGACCUGGAAUUUCAGCAGCUUGAGCAUGAGAGUAGGUUAGAUGAGGAGAAGGAGAAUCUGACACAGCAGCUGCUACGUGAAGUAGCUGAGUAUCAGCGCAGCAUUGUCAGUAGAAAGGAGAAGAUUUCUGCUCUCAAGAAGCAAGCUAAUCAUAUUGUCCAGCAAGCUCAGAGAGAACAGGAUCACUUUGUAAAAGAAAAGAAUAAUUUAAUAAUGAUGCUGCAAAGGGAAAAAGAGAAUCUUUGUAAUCUGGAAAAGAAGUAUUCUGGACUUUCUGGAGGAAGAGGAUUUCCUGUCAGUCCAAGUAGUCUGAAAGAGGGUUAUAUCAGUGUAAGUGAAAUUAGUGAGCUGUAUGGCAGUUCCACGAAUAUACCCCCUUCCACUCAGCCCCCCACAGAUGCUGACGCUGUUGCCACUGAACCUUCCACGGCUGUGCUGGUGAGCCAGCCACAAAAUAAAGAGCACUUUAGAAAUCUGGAAGAAAGAAAGAAACAGCACAAGGAAGGCAUGUAUAUGAGUGAUACUUUACCUCGCAAGAAAACUACUCCCUCUGUAUCACCGCACUUCAGUAGUUCUACUCUUGGACGAAGUGUAAAUCCCAAAGGUCAUUUACCUCUAGGACAGAGCAACAGCUGUGGCAGUGUACUUCCUCACUGUCUGGCAACCAUGACCAAAGAGUCAGAACCAAGAAGAAUGCAUAAAGGAGCAAUUAGUCAUUCCAAAGGUUCAAGUAUUAAAGGGUAUAAUCAUCAACAUAUAUGUGAAGAACAAAGACAGAAAUCUCCUGAAUUCUACAGCAGAACUGCAUCCGAAUCUAAUGUGUAUCUAAAUAGUUUCCAUUACCCUGAUCACAGUUACAAGGAUCAUGCCUUUGAUACAUUAAGCUUAGAUAGUUCUGACAGUAUGGAGACCAGCAUAUCUGCAUGUUCACCUGAUAAUAUUUCCAGUGCCAGCACUUCAAACGUUGCAAGAAUAGAAGAGAUGGAGAGACUUUUGAAACAAGCUCAUGCUGAAAAAAACCGACUGCUGGAAUCCAGGGAAAGGGAAAUGGAAGCUAAAAAAAGAGCACUGGAAGAAGAAAAACGUCGCAGAGAACUACUAGAGAAAAGAUUAGAAGAAGAAACUAGUCAGCGACAAAAAUUAAUUGAAAAAGAAGUCAAAAUACGUGAGAAACAAAGAGCACAGGCCCGUCCCUUAACUCGCUAUUUGCCAAUUAGAAAGGAAGACUUUGAUCUACGAAGUCACAUUGAAACAGCUGGACACAACAUUGAGACCUGUUACCACAUCUCACUGACUGAGAAGACGUGCCGAGGCUUUUUGAUUAAGAUGGGAGGAAAAAUUAAAACAUGGAAAAAACGAUGGUUUGUUUUUGACAGAAACAAGAGAACAUUUUCAUAUUAUGCAGACAAACAUGAAACUAAAUUAAAAGGAGUAAUAUAUUUCCAAGCCAUUGAAGAAGUCUAUUAUGAUCACUUAAAGAACGCUUAUAAGAGUCCUAAUCCACUACUCACUUUCAGUGUUAAGACACAUGACCGGAUAUAUUACAUGGUUGCCCCAACACCAGAAGCCAUGAGGAUAUGGAUGGAUGUAAUAGUUACAGGAGCAGAAGGCUACACACAUUUCAUGUUAUAAAAUCAAAUAACAGCUCAUUCAUGGGACAUACUGCAAUCAUCUUAUGCAUUUAGCCAUAUGCAAUCGAAAUUUGGUAUUUUUCACAAGUAUCCUCCCUAUGAUGUGCAUGCAAGCUCUGAAAAUGAAAGGGUUUAUGAACGCAUUGAAAAGGGGGACUGGUUGCUUACUUUAGUUGCUAAUUAUAGUAACAAAAGAACUGAAGUUGUAGAAGGAUCAUUGUGCACCCACAUGGAUAACCAAGUUGACUUAAACAUAGUGUUUUGAUUCAAUGGUUAUUUCUUACAAAUUCUCCUACACAGAAAGUGUGCUUAUAAACUCAUACUAAACAGUUUACAAAAUGGUUUGUGUGUGCUCAUUGAUAUGCAAAUGUUUUAGUAAUGGAACAGAAAGGUAUAAUAGCAUAUAUUUUAAUAUGCAGUAAUUGACAUUUAUAAGUGAUUAGCUGACUUUUUAAAUUUCUUUCACUUAAGUAUUUUUU